UUUCGACGUUGACAGCUCAGCAAAUGUAGCAGUGAGUGUGGCAGGCGGCUUCGCGAUUUCCUUGCUGUUUAAAUGUCUGUUUUUGCUGUUUUAUUUAGUUUAUGCCACUGCUUAGGAAAGCUGUUUUAGUUUGUAACCUUUUAUUCUAGCUGUGAUUAAGUUUAAAUUCACCUGCCACAAUGGCUAGUCCGCGAACCAGAAGAGUCUUGAAAGAUCUCCGUAUAAAGGAUGGAAAUACUAACUGUUUUGAAUGUGGCACUCACAAUCCCCAAUGGGUGAGUGUAUCCUAUGGUAUAUGGAUUUGUUUAGAAUGUUCUGGAAAACACCGUGGUCUUGGAGUCCAUCUUAGUUUUGUUCGAUCAGUCUCCAUGGAUAAAUGGAAAGACAGUGAGCUGGAAAAAAUGAAAGUGGGGGGUAAUAACAAAGCAAAAGAAUUCUUUGAAUCACAAGAAGACUAUCAAGAAGGAUGGUCUAUCCAGGAGAAAUAUAAUUCAAAAGCUGCAGCACUCUACAGAGAUAAGAUAUUAACCGAAUCAGAAGGAAAAACAUGGAACAUUGCUACAUCUACAGCACGAAAUUAUAUUCCAGCUCAACCCCGGUUAACUCCCUUCAACGCAAUUUCCUCAAAAGACGGUGUUGUCACAUGUAGCGGUGGCUACCAAGAAUCACAUAGCUUAUCAAAAGAUGAGCUAGAUAAGAAAAAAGAAGAAUUCUUUUAUAGCAGACAAAUGGAAAAUGCUGCCCGAUCAGAAGACAUUCCACCAAGCCAGGGAGGUAAAUAUAUAGGUUUUGGCAGUACUCCUGACCCAGUUCCUCAAGAUGAUUAUAUGUCUUCUAUCUCUACAGUAAGUUAA